CGGAAGACUCGGGUCCCGGCUCGGCUCAGUCCUCCAGCUGCCCCGGGGACUACCUUUAGCAGUUCUUUCCUACCGCUACCGCCGCCCCGCCGCUUCCUCCUCCGCCCGCCCCCCGCUGGCCUUCUUGGCCCCGCCCCGUCCGCGCCGCGCGUCUGGCCCGCCCGCGGCCCGCUUCUCUCGGGAGCCCCCACCCAGGUGCAUGGCUCCAUGAAGCAGGAGGAGGAGGCAGAGCGCGAGAGGUCCCGUCUGCCCCGGCUGCGUCUGGGCCAGGAGGAAAGGUACAGGAAGAAGGAAUGGAAUCGGAAGGAAGAAAAUUCAUUUCACAGACAAAAUAGCUCCCCUCCUCUGUUAUAGCUGUUCCCCUGGCAAUACAAACUUUCUGCUUUCAGGUUCCGCAGCAUUCCAGACCUCAAGCACCGGUUCAGGAUGGGAAAACGACGCUGCGUCCCCCCACUGGAGCCCAAGCUGGCAGCAGGCUGCUGUGGGGUUAAGAAGCCUAAGCUGUCUGCAGGUGGGGCGCACGGCCACGGGAGCCAGUCCACAGCCGUCCCCGGCUCCAGCGCGGGGCCUCUUCAGAACCACCAGCAUGUGGACGGCGGCAAUGGUCGCGAGAACGUGUCGGACUUGACUCUGGGACCUGGAAACCCUCCCAUCACACGGAUGAACCCCGCAUCGGGAGCGCUGAGCCCUCUCCCCCGGCCCAAUGGAACUGCCAACGUCACCAAGAAUCUGGUGGUGACCGCAGAGAUGUGCUGCUACUGCUUCGACGUCCUCUACUGUCACCUGUACGGCUUCCCACAGCCGCGCCUCCCUAGGUUCACCAAUGACCCCUACCCGCUCUUUGUGACGUGGAAGACAGGGCGGGACAAGCGGCUUCGUGGCUGCAUUGGGACCUUCUCAGCCAUGAAUCUUCACUCAGGACUCAGGGAAUACACGCUAACCAGUGCACUUAAGGACAGCCGGUUCCCCCCCCUGACCCGAGAGGAGCUGCCUAAACUUUUCUGCUCUGUCUCCCUCCUUACUAACUUUGAGGAUGCCAGUGAUUACCUGGACUGGGAGGUUGGGGUCCAUGGGAUUCGAAUUGAAUUCAUCAAUGAAAAAGGCGUCAAACGUACAGCCACAUAUUUACCUGAGGUUGCAAAGGAACAAGAUAGUUGUACUGGGAUCAUAUCUGACAGGAAAGACUCAGAAGCAGGGGGCCUGGGGACAGCCGUUAGUGACGUGUGUUGGGCGUCGUCUCACAUCUCGGAUUCUCCUUGGACUGCCAACUGGGAUCAGAUCCAGACGAUAGACUCCUUGCUCAGGAAAGGUGGCUUUAAGGCUCCAAUUACCAGUGAAUUCAGAAAAACCAUCAAACUCACCAGGUACCGAAGUGAGAAGGUGACAAUCAGUUAUGCAGAAUAUAUUGCUUCUCGACAGCACUGUUUCCAGAAUGGCACUCUUCAUGCCCCGCCCCUCUACAAUCAUUACUCCUGACACGCGGCUGCAUGACCAGUCCCACCCCCCCGUGGCCACCAGUGGCUAUGACAUCAUCGGAGCAGAUGCCUCCUCUUCCUGGUCCAGUUACUUUUAUUACUGCACCAUUUUAUGAUGCUAGCUUCCGUUGCCAAGUCUGCCUCCAGCCGACUGAGGGGGGUGGGGUUACAUCGAAUGAAACAGAACUUGAGGGGCCCAAGCCUUAUCUCAGCCUUUCCUCAGUAUGGGGUUCCGUUGGAUUGGGGCUCCUCCAUGACUAGUGAGAAUUCCGUGUGGGUUCAGAAGACCUUGGCUGCAGGUGCCGCUGGUGAUUUGCUGCCUGUGUGUUGGCCACUCAGUGGAAGCUGGAAUUGAUGGUCCAUGAAGGCUUAGCCCACACACACCCCUGCAGCCUCCCCAGAGCGAGUAGGUGUAUUCCCCUGGCAGUCUGGGCAACGGAGACCAACAAGAAACGUUUUUAGGUUGUUUUAAAUUACUUUUUUUAAACUUCCAGUGUAUUGCAUACCACGAGUUGAUCUCAACCUCCAUGCUUCGUAAGUGGACGCCAUGUUAGGGUCGAACGUGGGCACCAUGAGUCCUUUGCGGCUCCUGGACAGAGACCCACCUCAAGAUCGGAAGCCCUUUGGAUGGCGUUGCAGAUCUCAUUGCUCAGUUAGCCUCAAAGGUUUUAAUUCUCAUCCCACUCUCAGUUGGAUUUUCUGGCACUCUUUCUGCAUUGAGUCUCCUGGUACUGAACAGAGCGCUGUGGUGUAGCCUGCCGAGGAAUGUAGUGGGAUGCCCGCGGGAGGUCCUGACGGCAUCGCCGCGAGCAGUGUCGAGGGAGAGGCCUCUUCCUUACCACCCGGCUACCUCACUCCUCUACUGGUGGCAGUGCCUAUAGCUGGAUCUAGGUUCUCAGAGGGCACAGGUGUUCACACAAGCACUUGGGUUGGCCUCUAGAAGGGCACGUCGGCAUAGGAGAGAAUCCAGGGUCUCUAAGCUGUUUUUCUGUUCAGGCAAACAUCCUGAGAGACCUGUAAGCAGAGGAGUUCCUUUUUCUAGUUUGCCUGGAGAAGUGGGAAAACUGUUGCUCUUACAGUCCUUACAGGACUUGAGAACAAAGCUGUGUCAUUAAACAAGGUGAAUCUUUAUCUUGCCUAACAUGCCGGGAAUCUUCACUCCACCAUGGCAGAGUUCCAAAUAGCUCAUUUUAUUCUAGGUCAUUCAUACUUUUCAUGUGGCAUAUUUCCCUUUCUCGUUGUUGCUGAUUCCAAAUACCUGUCAGCAAGUUUCUCCUCCCUCUUGCCUAUUCUUCACUCAUGUGGUGGCAAAGUUCACAGAAGUUGGGGACUUGGAAGACGCUUUGAAAACACGGUCACAGAAGCACUGCUGAAAUGAUUCACAGGAAGAGGUGGCCAGUUGGAAGAAAGGACCCUACGGGUGAUACACUGGUUUUCAACAACGUGUUUAGAGAACUCUUGACGUGGAUUGGGUGUCAACCCAGUGAACACAGUGUUUUGAUUUAAUUUAUUUUUAAUGUUUAUGUGGUAGUGGUGUGGCUUUCCGAAAUGGGCAGAUGUUCAAGUCAAAGGGUCUUUGGAGUUUUCUUCUGCCAGGAACGGGGGAGGGGGAGCAAGGGCACAGUCUAAGGAACGACACACGUGCUCUUCUAGGCGUGGCUGUCUCGUUUCUUCAAGAGAUGGGUGAGGGUGAGCCGGUGAGCUCGGCACCGUCCUCUGCUGUGGGCGAGGGUGUGGAACGGGCAAGGGGAGCGCCGGCUGACGUCUGGAUGCGCGGGCUGGGCUCCUGCACGCCGCCGCGUUUCCCUCGCGGUGUUCAUGAAAACAGGCUUCCGAAGAGGAAGGGAUUGUCUCGUGAUUUCCUGCUGCUGAGAAUAAUAAAUGUCUUGUUGCAAAUAAA